UUGAUUGUUAAGAUUCUAGACCAUCUUCCAAAAGAGACAUUGUUUUUCGUCAUACAUAGCUGUCUCUGCAUCUUAUGGAUGGUCACUGAGACUAUCACACAAUAUUUAACAAGAAAUAAAGUUUAUGGGGUCAUUGAUUCUGGAACUUGACGGACUUGAAAACGUACUGACAGUAAAGGAAAAGUAUUACGAGUAAAUAUAAGACGAUUGUUUUCUGUUGUACGAUGACAUUUUUUAAUGGCAUGCUUCCUGGAGAGACAUUGGAGAAAUUUUUAGACCGAGAAGUUCGGCCAGAUACAAAAUUCCUUAGUGACUGUAGCCAAGUUAUAGACACGGUUGUGCGAUUAAUACAUCGCAAUCCAAAAUACAAAGUCAAUCAAGUUAUCAAGGGUGGAUCUUUAGGAAAAGGAACAGCAGUACGUGAUCAUUCAGAUGUCGACCUUUUAGUGGUAUUGAAUAAUUUUAGGGAUGUCGAACAUUUGGCAGAAAACAUGGAAGAGGUUCUUUAUAACUUCCGAGAAUAUUUAGAAUCAGCAGUCGGAAAGACCAAAAAUAUUGAAAUAUCAAUGAAUGGCCAGACGCCUUUCACCCUACAGUUUGACCUAUGCUGUGGUAAUGAGUGGUUUGAUGUGGAUUUACUGCCUAUAGUUGAUGUAUGGAGUACAUGGUUGCUUGGUCUAGCUGGUGGUGUCAGAUCUACAUAUUCUAUAAUGGAAAGUAAACCUGAUCUAAGGAAAUACUAUGCCAAAUCUUUAGCUAAACUGCAAGUGGAAUUUGUGAAACCAAUGCCGCCCAGAGUCAAAGAUUUGAUACGUCUGCUGAAAUAUUGGAAAUACACUGAACAGGUGGAUUUAACUUCAUACUGCAUUGAAUUGAUGGUUAUAUAUGUCUGGAGAGAAAAUGGAAAACAAAAUAACUUCACUAUGAAGCAGAUGAUGACUAAAGUUGUUGACCUUCUUGCAUCUUUCAACAACGUUCGAAUUACGUUUAACGAUCAUUUUACUCCAUCGUACUACAUAAAGCAGCUCAAAAAACAGCCACCGUAUGUUAUGGAUCCAGCUAACCCUUAUCAUGAUGUUGCCUCAGACCCAAAAUGGAGUUUCUCUACAUGGUGUCGAGAUUUCCACAGGAUAGAGUCGGAAGGUCGACAGUUGCAACGAAAACUACAAGGAUUACCGGAAGAAAGCAGCUGCGUAAUAUCAUGAGAAAAAUGAAUCGAAUUAUCUGUUUAUGAUAUCAUGUUUGCAACUUGCUUUAAAAAAAUGAAAGAAAACAUUUAACCUUUUGCUGGAUGUACACGUGUCUCUUUAUUGUUAUUUUAUGAGUAAAAAAUCCAGAAAAUUCAUUAAAAAAAAUCUGAUCUCUUUAGACGUAGAUCCUCAGUCAAUAUGAAUCAUU